AUGACAUCUAUGAAUUGGGAAGAGGUUGUUGCUAAAAAGCGACAGCGACAGUCAGACGACAUCUCAGCUUUCAGCUCUGCCGAACUAUCAGAUGCCGAUAACAAGACGGAGCACUACAACUCCAUCACAGAUAUUGACGAAGUCACUCAUCUCGUAAGAGAAAUAGAGAAGGGUAAAUACUCAAGCGAGGAUGUUAUCAAAGCUUACAUCUCACGUCUCACAGAGAUUCUCUUUAAAGACGCUUUAGCCCAAGCUCGAGAACUUGACGCCUAUUUUGCCACAGAAGGAAAGACAAAAGGGCCUCUCCACGGAAUUCCGAUCAGCUUGAAAGAUCAGUUCAACUUCAAAGGCCAUGAUACUACUCUAAGCUACACAGCUAGAGCCUUCAAACCAGCGUCCGAAGAUGCGGUACUGGUCAACAUACUCAAGAAGUUGGGCGCUGUCAUGAUCAGUAAAACAAACCUCCCACAAAGCAUCAUGUGGGCUGAGACUGACAAUCCUCUUUGGGGCUUGACGGAAAACCCGAUUAUCCCUGGAUACACUCCUGGAGGUUCAUCCGGUGGCGAAUCUGCGCUGGUGUUUUCUCGAGGAAGUAUUGUAGGGUUCGGGACAGACUUGGGUGGAAGCAUCCGCAUGCCCUCACAUAUCAUGGGUCUCUAUGGCUUUAAGCCAAGCAGUUCCCGGCUCCCUUAUACUGGUGCACCAGUUUCCACUGAAGGGCAAGAGCAUGUCCCUUCAUCAGUCGGGCCACUUGCGCGCUCCAUGUUGUCCAUCCAUGACAUAACAAAGGCAAUCAUACUACAGGAACCUUGGACACAAGACUGUCGUUGUAUCCCUAUCCCAUGGCGCCAGAACGUCUAUGACGAUGUCCUGAACCGCAAGCUGACAAUUGGUGUCAUUCGCGAUGAUGGAGUCGUAAAGCCCCAUCCUACGAUUGCAAGAAUGAUCGAAGAGGCAGUUGCAGCACUUGAGGCCGACGGUCACGAGGUCGUCGAGUGGAAGCCCGAAUUCCACCCUGAGUGCAUAGAAGUCAUGGACGCUUACUUCACUGUCGACGGCUGCGAAGACAUCCGUCGCGAUGUUGAAGCAGGAGGUGAACCCUUCAUUCCCGCUGUCCAGAGACUUACCGACCGCGGAAGACCUAUCUCCGUGUAUGAGUAUUGGCAACUCAACAAGCGCAAGCGACAACUCCAACAGGCCUAUCUUGAAAAGUGGAACAAGGCCAUAUCGUCAAAGACAGGUAGAGUUGUCGACGCUCUCAUAACGCCAGCUUUACCACACGCAGCUGUGCCGCAUAACAGCAUCAAAUGGGUAGGCUACACUAAAGUAUGGAAUCUACUAGACUAUACAGCUUUGGUCAUACCAGCUGGGAGGGUUGAGCCUAGAGAUCUUGAAGUGACGAUGGAUUGCGAACCGAGGAACGAGAUGGAUGAAUGGAACAAGAAGCUUUGGGAGGAGAACAAGAAUGAUAUGGCACAGAACCGACUACCAGUGGAUGUUCAGAUUGUUGGGAGGAAUGUGGAGGAGGAGAAGGUAUUGGCUGUUGGUAAGAUCUUGGAUGAUCUUUUGCGCAGUCGACAGCAGUAG